AUGCCGGUUGAUCGAAGACAAGCAGCCGUGUUCGUGGGCGCAUUCGCCCUGCGGCUUCUUCUCUUGGUCCUUUUCCCGUCGCUCCCCGACUUGUUGACCGGAAGAGUUGAGGUAUCAACACCGGUCAGCAGCUUCAAACGACUUCAGGAAGGUCUCUUCCUAUACACGCGAAAUGUUUCCCCUUAUGACGGAGGCGUCUUCCAUCAGGCACCGCUUCUCCUCCCUAUCUUUGCUUUGCUUCCAAACGCUAGAGAAUUUCCCUUACCAACCGCCCUUUUCUACUCAUUGAUCGAUCUUAUAAACGCGAACGCUUUGAUCACGAUAUCCGAUUCAGGACAAGCAGUCUCGGGGAGGUUAUUCUCAGCAUUGCGGAAACACAUUAGAUGGGACGGGGUUUCUGUUGCAGCAUGGUUUCUUUUCAACCCAUUUACUAUCGCAACAUGCCUUGGCCGGUCAACAGGCGUCUUUACCACCACCGGGAUCCUAUACGCACUGUCCAAUGCCGUUGGUGGAAAUAGUCUCAACGCCAUGCUUUCCCUAGGAUUCGCGUCCUACUUGUCAAUUUACCCAGCUCUCUUGUUCAUCCCUCUCGUGCUUCUCUGUUAUGACCGACGUGCUCAAGGACCAAAGCCACCAUCUGGAGUCGCCAUCUUCGCCGUACAGCAUCUAGCAAUCUUUUUGCUUAGCAUAGCCGGUCUACUUGGAAUUUCUUGCUUGAUAGUUGGAGACUUCUCUCAAUUUAUCUCUGCGACAUAUGGCUUUCAAUUACUGGUUCCUGAUUUAACACCUAACGUCGGCCUUUGGUGGUACUUCUUCAUCGAAAUGUUCGACUCGUUCCGGGAAUUCUUCCUUGGAGUUUUCUGGCUUCAUCUAGCGGCAUACGUUGGUGGCCUAACCGUGCGACUGCGGAGGCAACCUCUAUUUGUUAUCACCUCUCUGUUGGGCAUUUUCGCUGUCUUCAAACCUUACCCUAGCAUCUCAGACGCCUCGUUAUACUUCGCCCUCUUGCCCCUGUAUAGGCAUCUUUUCCCUCUGAUGCGCUAUACUUUCUUUGCGGUGUCAGCUCUUUUGUAUGCCACACUUUUGGGCCCUGCGUUCUAUCACCUAUGGAUCUAUGCCGGCUCCGGCAACGCCAACUUCUUCUACGCCAUCACCCUGGUGUGGAGCUUAGGGCUAUCGAUAUUACUGGCAGACACCAUUUUCGCCGUGCUCAGAGAUGAGUGGGAGCAAGAGAAUCCCGAAAUGCGCGGCAAAGAGGCUAGACAAGUUUAA